GCGAAAGAGUCGGCUACCGUACAUAAGUGAGAAGAAUCAUGAUCAAACUUUGAAUUUCCUUACUUUUCAUUUUCUUAAUUAUCUGAUCCCAACGCAACUCCCCCCAACUGUACUAGUAUCACUACACCACCUGGCAUCUGCAAUUCCUCCCCCAAUAAAAUCAGAGGGAAAUGAAUUGACCGUAACCAAAAAUCGCAGAGAGCAAUGCGAGCAACGUGGAAGCUCCACCUGCUCACGGCGUUCCUUCUUCUUCUCCUCCUCUCCAAUGGAGUCGGAGGCGAAGACUGGAGCGGCGACUACUCCAAGCUCUCCGGCAUCAUCAUCCCCGGCCUGGCCUCCACGCAGCUCCGCGCCUGGUCCAUCCUCGAUUGUCCUUACUCUCCUCUCGAUUUCAACCCUCUCGAUUUGGUCUGGCUCGACACCACCAAACUUCUCUCUGCUGUGAACUGCUGGCUCAAGUGCAUGCUGCUUGACCCGCACAACCAAACGGAUCAUCCUGACUGCAAGUCGCGGCCCGAUAGCGGCCUCUCCGCCAUUACGGAGCUCGAUCCUGGUUAUAUAACCGGUCCUCUUUCUUCUGUGUGGAAGGAAUGGGUGAAAUGGUGUAUUGAAUUCGGAAUUGAAGCCAAUGCAAUCAUUGCUGUUCCUUAUGAUUGGAGGCUUUCGCCCUCCAUGCUUGAGGAGCGAGACCUUUACUUUCACAAGCUCAAAUUGACAUUUGAGACGGCACUGAAACUUCGUGGAGGCCCCUCAGUAGUGUUUGCCCAUUCACUUGGUAAUCAUGUCUUCCGUUACUUUUUGGAGUGGCUAAAGCUGGAGAUUGCACCAAAACAUUAUGUAAAAUGGCUGGAUGACCACAUUCAUGCCUAUUUUGCCGUUGGAGCUCCGCUUCUUGGUGCAAUCGAGACUGUCAAAGGAACACUUUCUGGACUGACAUUUGGCCUUCCUAUUUCUGAGGGGACAGCUCGGUUGAUGGUCAAUUCAUUUGCUUCUACAUUAUGGAUGAUGCCUUUUUCAAAGUAUUGUAAGGCAGAAAAUAAAUACUGGAACCACUUCUCUGGGGGGAACAGGAACAAGAGAGGUCAUCAAACGUAUCACUGUGAGGAGCGGGAAUUUCAGAUGAACUUCUCUGGAUGGGCUACAAAUAUCAUCAACAUUGAAAUUCCUGCAACCCGUGGCUAUGAUGCCUAUCCAUCUGUUACCGACAUGACCGAGACUAACUUUUCUAGCAUAGAAUGUGGAAUACCUACCCAGUUGUCUUUCUCGGCCCGUGAAAUAGCAGAUGGGACAUUUUUCAAAGCAAUAGAGGAUUAUGACCCAGAUAUGAAGAGGAUUUUGUACCAAUUAAAGAAGCUAUAUCAUGAUGAUCCAGUUUUAAAUCCACUCACACCAUGGGAAAGACCACCUUUAAAAAAUAUAUUUUGCAUCUACGGAACAGACUUGAAAACUGAGGUUGGUUACUAUUUUGCACCAAGUGGAAAGCCCUACCCCGAUAACUGGAUCAUUACCGAUGUGAUUUAUGAGAUUGAAGGUUCCUUGGUCUCAAGGUCAGGAAAUCUUGUCGAAGGAAAUCCAGGAGCAGCAAGUGGGGAUGAGACUGUACCAUACCAUUCUCUAUCUUGGUGCAAGAAUUGGCUAGGACCAAAAGUUAACAUAACUAGGUCUCCGCAGUCUGAGCAUGAUGGUUCUGAUGUACAAGAGGAAUUGAACGUAGAACAUCAUCAUGAAGAAGAUAUUUUGCCAAACAUGACAAGGUUGCCCAGGGUCAAGUACAUAACUUACUAUGAAGAUUCUGAAAGUAUACCAGGAAGGAGGACGGCAGUUUGGGAGAUAGAUAAAGCGAAUCAUAGGAACAUUGUUAGAUCCCCCGUUCUAAUGAGAGAGUUGUGGCUUCAAAUGUGGCAUGAUAUCCAUCCCGAUGCUAAGUCAAAAUUUGUUACUAAAGCCAAACGGGGACCUUUGAGGAAUGAGGACUGCUAUUGGGAUUAUGGAAAAGCUCGAUGUGCAUGGGCUGAAUACUGUGAAUAUAGAUACCUCUUUGGAGAUGUUCAUUUAGGACAGAGCUGUAGGUUGAAGAAUUCUAGAGCAGAUCUUCUUUCGCACUACUUGUAGACUGAAAGGUCCCUUGCCAAUAUUUGCGCUAAUCGAAGGCACAUUACCAUUUACAUGCAAGACAUUGCACUGCAUUGUGUAACAUUUUAGCAGUUUUGUAUCAAGCACAAUCAGCGUAUCUCGGAUCUUGCUUCAUGAUUUGUCGUCAAUAGAUAUCUAACUUGGUAUCUCAGCUUGCUCUUCAAGCAAUUUUGCAACUGGAGGACACCACUGCUAGAUCUGCUUUGGUCAACUCAGCUCCCCCAAAUUUUCUCCAUAUAGUCUAUUUUUUCUGGUAGCUUCUCAGCACCAUGUUGCUGAACCAUUGCACCACCAAAGUAUUUCUUGAAUUCAUUGUUAACAUGAUUUGCUAUCAGAUUGUUAUUCACUCGAAAUGUGUAACUAUUUACAUUGUCUCGGAAUCUAGCAGUGACUGUCCAUCCGAGACAAUGGACUACUAUACCGUACAAGGAUAAAUGUAUAUUGAACUCAGAGAAUGCUAUUCUUGCAGAUUUUGUAUAUUAGAUUGGGGCCAAAACAAUUUUGUUCCCUUUUUUCGCUAA